UGAUCCUCCAGGACGGGCAUGGCCCGUAAUUGCUACGGGCGUUGCGCGAUCUUCCUGGCGAUCGCGCUGGUCUUGGACGUGGCCGGGCUGGCUUUGCUGUUGGCGGGGGGCGUGGGGAGACCUACACUCGACGGGCGCCCCUUUAAAGACUUCUUAAUGCUGUCCGGGGGGCUCCUGCUCUUCCUCUCGCUGCUCUGCUGGCUGUUUUGGUAUUCGGGAAACCUGCGCGGGGUGCCGGUGGAAGAACUGCCUCCCGGGACGCCCGCGAGUUCUCCCGAUCCCCGCCGCCACCCCAGCUUCCUGCGCUUGGCAGCCAAGCUUUCCGAGCGCCUCUCCCAGCGCCGCCGGCCGGCGCCUGCGCCCUCCUUGCUCUCUGCCCCAGCGAAGACCCCGAAACCUGCAGCCUCCCUCCGCCCCGACGGACCCCUAGAACUCGGCCGCCUCCGCACUGGGGUGCCUGUAAACUACGGGACAAAAGAGGAGCGGCUGGUGUAAAGCAUCGUCUUUGGAGACUGGAAACAGAAAUCAGGUCUGUUCUUCUAUUUAUGCUCCAUGUUGCCCUUUUAUUGAUGGAGCUUCCUGCUGUGCCCGUGCUACUGGACAAACUUGAUUCUUGGUGUGUUGGACUUCUACUCAGCUUCGCCAGAGACGAUUCCAGCAAAUUCUCAGUGUCACCCUCUCUGUGUACUGUUCACACAGGCACAACUUUGGAUAGCAUGAAGAGUCGUUUGACCAAUGGAGUCUGUGGUCUUAGGCUUUUGAAUGAUUUCUAACGCUGAAUUUUCCAGAAGGAUUUAAUUGCCGAGGCUUUUUUUUUUUUUUUUUGGUACUACAUUCGUUUUCCAUAGCAAGGCCUGGAAUUAUUUUGUGCCCUGAAGGACUUGUGACUGAACUGUAGCAGUGGAACUAUGCAAACAAACUGGCCUUGAAGCUCUCUCUCAAGAAAUUGGGAUAUGGCUAGAUGGUACAAAUGUACUUGUUUACAAGGAAAAUGAAGACUGGGUAGAGGUCUGGUUUUUUUUAAGUAAUAAAAUAACUUUAUUUUUUUUAAGAAAUAGUGUAUUGUGGUUAUUUGGAAUGACAUAUUUGGGUUUCAGUGGAGUGAUUUUGGUACUGUGCUCAUUUGUGCCAAUGUUAAACUGCAAAUCACAGCAAGUUGUCAUAUUAUUAUUAAUAAUUUCUAAUCUGAUCAAUGACUAGAAUUCUCUAGCUUUUUAAACAAUUGUUUAAAACAAUAAAAAAGAGGAGUAAUAAAAUAUAUUAAUAAGUUUUAUUUUAUUUACUAUCCUCUUUAUUAG